CGCUUCCGCUAGAACUCACAACUUCGGCAGACGGGCAGCAACGAAACUUUCAAAAGUCUCUCGCCAAAGCUCCAAGUAACUCUCCCGUUGAAGGAACGCGGAUUAAACGUUGACGUCAUCAAACAGAAACCGCGACGACGAGUAGGCGGCGGCCGGCGAAGCGGAAAAAAAACUUUUACUUCUCCCUCGGGGGCGCGUGAAGCGUGCGCUCGCGGGGUUUAGGGGGGGGGGGUAGAGAGGUGGUGAGGGAGAACGCGACGCGAUGUCGCUCUGUGGGAGAAGGCAUCGACGUAAACUCCUCUACGUCCUCUUCGGCGUCACCCUGGUGGGAUACCUGCUCUUCACCGGCCGCGACUCGGGGCCCGCGAGCCGCCGGGAGGCCCCCGCGGAGCCGGAGGUGGGCGACGGCGGCGGCGAGGAGCUGAAGAAGCCCGUCUACGAGAAGCCGCCGCUGGAUUUAAAAGCCCCGGGUGAAAUGGGCCGAGCCGUCCAUCUAAAUCUCCUCGGAGAGGAGAAAAGAAAAGAAGAGGAGAGCGUGAAAAAGCACCAGAUUAACACUUAUGUCAGUGACAAAGUGUCGCUGCACCGGCGGCUGCCGGAGAGAUGGAACCCGCUUUGCAGAGAGCUGAAGUACGACUACCGGUCUCUGCCCACCACCACCGUGGUCAUCGCCUUCUACAACGAGGCCUGGUCCACCCUGCUGAGGACGGUCCACAGCGUGCUGGAGACGUCCCCCGAUCACCUGCUGAACGAGGUGGUGCUGGUGGACGACUACAGCGACAGAGCUCACCUGAAGGAGCCGCUGGAGAAGUACAUCUCCGGUUUGAGGAAGGUGCGUCUGAUCCGAGCCACCAAGAGGGAGGGGCUGGUGCGGGCGCGGUUGCUAGGGGCGGCCGAUGCCACGGGUGAUGUGCUGACCUUCCUGGACUGCCACUGCGAGUGUCACGAGGGCUGGUUAGAGCCCCUGCUCCACAGGAUCAAGGAGGAGCCGUCGGCUGUGGUGUGUCCCGUCAUCGACGUGAUCGACUGGAACACCUUCCAGUAUUUAGGGAACCCCGGCGAACCCCAGAUCGGGGGGUUCGACUGGCGGCUGGUCUUCACCUGGCACGUGGUCCCAGAUUAUGAACAGAAACGCCGCAGCUCGCCCACUGAUGUCAUCAGGUCUCCUACUAUGGCGGGUGGUCUGUUCGCUGUGAGCAAGAGCUACUUCCAUUACCUGGGGACGUACGACACAGGAAUGGAGGUGUGGGGAGCCAUAAACCUGGAAUUCUCCUUCAGGAUCUGGCAGUGUGGAGGCAGCCUGGAGAUCCACCCAUGCUCCCACGUGGGCCACGUCUUCCCUAAAAUGGCCCCCUACUCGCGCAGCAAAGCUCUGGCAAACAGCGUGAGAGCCGCUGAGGUCUGGAUGGACGAAUACAAAGAGGUCUACUACCAUCGAAACCCCCACGCACGACUGGAGGCCUUUGGAGACGUGACGGAGCGAAAGAAGCUCAGGGAGAAGCUCGGCUGCAAGAGCUUCAGGUGGUAUCUGGAUAACGUUUACCCCGAUAUUCACGUCCCAGAGGAUAAGCCCGGCAUGUUUGGAAUGCUGAAGAACCGAGGAAAGACCAACUACUGCUUCGACUACAACCCCACGGAUGAAAACACAGUGGUGGGCCAAAGGGUCAUCCUGUAUUCGUGUCACGGAAUGGGUCAGAACCAGUUUUUUGAAUACUCCCCGGACGGGGAGAUCCGCUACAACACGAGGGUGCCUGCCGGAUGCGUUUGGGGCGACAACGUCAGCACCUACCUGACCCUGCAGCUGUGCCGAAAACGAGGAGAACCUCUUCCCGCGGAGCAGAAGUUUGACCUCAGAGAGGAUGGCAGCCUGUACCAUGCGCUGAGCCAGAAGUGCGUUGAGGCGGUAGACAAGACGGACAACGGCACACCGGCCCCGGCACUCCAACCCUGCUCGGACAGCCUCCUGCAGAAGUGGUUCUUUGAGGAGAGAAUGUAACGGUAUCAAACUGGAAUAUAUCGGCAGGGCUGAUAACUUGAGGAGCGGUACGGGUGGAUUCUGAUAUAAGCUUCCUUCCACUCAAAAUGCAACAUUUGCACCUGUGUACUGGUCAUAAUGGCCCAGUGGGAAAUUAUACUGGAAUGUGUAUUCUGGAGAACUUUGAGGGGGAAAAAAGAAAAUAUAUAUGUGUGUGUGUGUGUGUGUGUGUAUAUAUAU